CCUGUUUACGUCCAGGAGCCUGCGAGCUAACAGCCUGAAAUAAUCGGCUGCGGGAUUUCUAACAAAAUGCCUGACAGUUGAUGAGUUUAGUGUGUUGGUUGUUGCUUCCUGCUGGGUUUUUGGGAGCCAUGGCUUCAGCUGGCCGCUGCUGUCUCUGUUUGCCCUCGCCGGUUGUUCUGCUGCUGCUGCUGCGGUGGCCCGGGCUGCUGGUGGCCGCCAAGCAGGUCGCCUUGGUGGAGGUGUUUCUGGAGCACCAGCCCGCUGUUAGCACUCUGCUCCAGGGGGAAGUGGUGGAGUCAAGCCGAGGUCGCAAGAGCCCAGAGAUCCGGAACGAGCAGCAGGAGGAGCUGGAGGGGAACCUGUUGGUGGUUGGAGAUGACGCGACGCAGCCGAGUGAAGGAAGAGACGGGGAACAUGCCGACCGGCAGGAGCCCUGGAUCGGCGUUGUGCCGGUGGAGAUGGACGACAGCAAAGCCUCCACUGGGAACCAGGAGUCUUUUGCUGAUGCAGUGGUUAACAAAAUGAAGCGGGCAUUGGUCCUGGGAGCGUCAGCGCUGAUCAUCCUGGCUCUGAACCAAAACACAGCCAGCGAGAUGGAUUUGUCUCAGGUUCUGCUGUCCAAGCCCAUCAUUGUGAUCCAAACAUCAGAAAACGUCACCAAGCUGAUUGGAGCUCUGCUGAGGGGUCUUCGGGCCACGGCGAAAAUCACAUACGAGACGAUCCUACAGGACAACUUGGGCGCCACGCUGACCCUGUGGUCCAGCUGCGGCCGGUCCAGAGGCGGCCUGUACGGAGAGUGGCAGGGGGUCAUCUGCACCGGCGAGAGCAACUCUCAGGUCCAGAAGUACCUGCAGCAGCUGUGGGACACAGUCCUGCUGGUGGCGCUGAUCCUCUGCACAGGCGUCAUCGUUCAGGCCCGCUGGCAGUACCAGGACCGCCAGCUUAACGACAACCUGGAGCUUCUUCCGAAGCAGGACGUCCUGAAGAAAAUGUUGUCGCUGAAAACCAAAACAUAUCGUCGGCCCAAACCCUGGUGCGACCCGUCCCAGCAGACCGAGACGGAGAACUGCGCGGUCUGUCUGGAACCGUUCAAAAACAACCAGUGUCUGCGGGUGCUGCCCUGUCUCCAUGAGUACCACAGGGAUUGCAUCGACCCCUGGCUGUUGCUGCAGCACACCUGCCCUCUGUGCAAACGCAGCAUUCUGGGCACCGUCCGCAGAGACAGCUAGCAGUCGCUGCUGACCUCGUCCCGACUCCUCCGCUGGACCUCGUCCCGACUCCUCCGCCGGACCUCGUCCCGACUCCUCCGCCGGACCUCGUCCCGACUCCUCCGCCCUCCCGGGGAGCGGAUCUGGACUCCAGGCGGCAGAAACUCUGCGUUACGGAUUCUGUUACAUUAAAUAUGUGGAAUCUCUGCAGCUGAAGUCGGCCGCUGAAAUGUUUUGAUGUGUAAAAACUAGUUAUUCGCUCCAUGGACGACGACUUCUUUUUCUUCUUCCACACGCAGUUCACUUUAGCUCCUGAAUGAUGUCAGUAAGAAACAUGUUCAUCUGAUUUGUUUCCUGCUAAAAUCACUUCUUGUUUGGAAAAUUAGUUUUUUUUUCCAGGGUGAAAAGAUUAUUUAGCUUUCAAAAUUAUCCGAACAGAAAACCUAAAUAUAAACGACGGUGGUGUGGAAAAGUGUUUAUCCUUCUCCUCAUUUUGUAUUUUUUGCAUGUUUAUCACAGUUCAGUGUUUCAGGACAUCAAACCAAUUUAAAUAUUUAUCAAUGAAGGCGUUAGAAAUCCAAAUGUUGAUUUUGAUUUAUUUCUAACGAAAAAAAUCAAAAUUUAAACAGAUACUUGUAUUUAAAAACCACUAUAGCUGUUUGUUUAUAAUCCUUCCACCCUGGAAAACGAAGAUCCAAACUGACCUGACGAGAGUUAAAGUGCUGUGCAAAAGUCUUAAAAAAUAAUUUUAUUGCUAAAGUAUAUUUAAGUGUAGUUUAUAAAGAUUUUAUAGUUAUUCUCUUAACUUUGGGUCCUUUUUUCAAAUCUUAUCUUUCCUAUUUGUCAUUAAAUUAUUGCAUUUUAGGAACUAAAAUGUUUAUUUUGUUAUUGAAGAAACUGAAUUAUUUAUUUGUACCUUUUAAUGUAUUUUUAAUAUUGUAUUAAAUAAGAUUUAGUGGUUAAAUGAAACAUCAGCAGAAAGUGCUGAUUUAAAUGAUGUUUGGCUGCAGUUGUAGUAAAUUAAUGCCUGUGAUCAUGCAGAUUUACCUUUUUUUUAACUGCAAAUUUAGAUAUUUUUUUGACAUCAUAGAAAAUCCAAGUGAAAUUAAUCUAAAAUUUGUGUUUUUCUUAUUUUUGGCAUGAAUUUACUCCCCUAAUAGCUCCAACACUCUGCCAUACAAUCAGACCAACAGUCGACGUUUGAGUAGAAAUAAAACCUUUUGGGUUUAACCCAAACAAAUCACAGAUGCAGGUCAGAGAAGGUUGCCUCCUAAAACCUGAAGACUUUUGCACAACACGGUGAAAAAAGAAAAGUCUGCGCAGUGAGGAGAAAUUAGUGUUAGGAGCGUCACGCGCGCCCCCUGCUGGUGACCGCAGACGUUUCUGCUUGGUGGGAUCAACGUUUUCACUUAUGUUUUAUAAAUCUGGGUCAAAUCUAAUCACUUAGAUUAGUUUGUAAAUUUUAUCAUGAAAAUGUUUCUUUCAUUUGUUAAAGCUGCUCCAUGUUGUGACAAUCUGUGAGAAGAUCAAUCUCCACAUUUUCCCUGAGCCAUUACUGCGGUUUGAAUAAAUGCACCAAAACCAACCAAUCAGAACCAGGAGGCGGGGCUUAGCGCUGUCAGUCAGCGCAUGUACUCACUGCUAAAUGUGCUUAUUGUUACUGGAAUACCAUCUAUCUGCCGUCAUGCUAUGCUAACUAGCUAACCAGCUGUAGAUUAGCAAAGAGCAUGAGGUGAUUGACAGCACUAAGACCCUCCCCUUCCCUGUCCUCUGUUUCUGACUGAGUGAUUUAUUUAUGUAGUUAUUAGAACGGAAAGGAGCACCAUUUUCUCACAGAUCAUCUCAUACUGUCACAGCAGUGAUCAAUUUAACAUGUAAAAAAUUAUUUUUAUAUAAAAGUUACACUUAUGCAUUUGACCACAGAUGACUCAAACUUGAAAGAUGUCAAAACAACUGCAUUA